CUCAAGUUGUUGUUGAUCUUACUAAUAAAGGAGUAACGAGAUCUUCUUCACAAGAAGAGACUUUUUCAACACCACCAACUGGCUCACCUCCUAUUACACCUCCUCCGGUUGAUAAAGGAAAGGUUACUGUAGGUGAUGUAGGUUGUCCUGUAUGCCGUAAUGAUAUAGCAACAGAUCCUAUUACUACUAAAUGUUGUAAUCAGGUCUUUUGUAAAUCCUGUUUAAAAGAGUCUCGGAAGCAUUCUCCAUACUGUCCAACAUGCAAGGAACCAAUGAAGAAAGUCAAAGGAAACCAACCACCCGGUGGUACAAUGACACAUUAUGUCCUUCAAACUACCUCCUUACCUGGUUAUGAAGGAGUUGGUGCUAUUGUUAUUAAUUAUGAUAUACCUCAUGGUGUACAAACUAAGGAACAUCCUAAUCCAGGUCAGCCAUAUCGUGGUACAAGACGUACAGCUUAUCUUCCAAACACUCCUGAAGGACAGGAGGUGUUGCGAUUACUAAAGAAAGCAUUUGAUGCUCAAUUGAUAUUUACAGUUGGUACAUCACACACGAGUGGUGCUAGUAAUUCUGUAGUAUGGAAUGAUAUACAUCAUAAAACUGUAACACAUGGAGAUCCAUUUGGUUAUCCUGAUCCUACUUAUUUGUCAAGAGUAAAAGAAGAACUUAAAGCUAAAGGAAUACAAUAAGUAACUUACCAACACUUAGAGGUAUUAGUUAAUUAGUAGUUAUUGAUUAUAUUUAUAGUUUCCAGUUAAAUCGUGAUUUCAUUUAUUUCUUUUCCUUUGAAUUAAUAAUGUUUCUUUAUUGUUGUAGUUUAUUCACUUUGUUUAUAUUAGCAUAGCAUGUGACUAUCACAUGAUGUACAUAUACUAUUAAAAUUCUUUCUAAUAAUACCAUUGUCUACAUAAACUGUAAGUGUAAUGGUUAUUGUAAUCAUCAUAUGAUUCACGUGA